UACGUAGCAUAAUACUUAAUUCUAGUAUCACCAAGUAGUUAGCCGUUGUGUCGAGUAGUUUGGAAGUUGCUGUCGAAAUUUGAAUGUAAUCGGAGGAGAUGCUCACGUGGGCGUGUCGAUCCCGCUUAUCGGCUGAAAAUUCUCACGGCCCAUGCGAGCAGCAAACACAGACAGGUAUAAAAGUGAUCAGGCGGCGACAUGGACUUGUGACGAACUUCCAUCAGUCCACGUCUUCUCCCAAGACGAUUCUAUGAUGUAUACUCAUGCCCUUCUCCUCCUCCUCUCCUCCGUCUUCGUUCAUGCGCUUCCUCUUAUCUCUCGCGAUGUUAUUUCCCCUCCUAUCACGAGCCCCACUGCAGGUACUAUAUGGACUGUUGGACAGACCGUAACGGUUACUUGGAAUACAACGGACAUACCAACAAAUGCUUCACAAAUAACGAAUCCCAUUGGGAAAAUUGUGUUGGGAUACCAGGCGAAUAAUAGCUUGAACUUGGAUCUCGAUAAUCCACUCGCCAGCAACUUUCAGCUCACAGACGGUCAUGCCGACAUAACGGUUCCUGAUGUUGAGCCCCGUGAUGACUACAUUAUUGUCUUGUUCGGUGACUCGGGUAAUACGAGUCCGAAAUUCACAAUUCAAAGAUCCACCUUCUUCAAGCAGUAGUGGCGCUACCACUAGUACCAGUAGUGCGAGUAGCCUGACAAGUAUAAUCAGCACCCCAAUACCCAUCACAGGAUCCGAGAUCACAGGCGGAACGUCCUCCACCAAUACGCCGUCCUCUGCCAGGCCGUCU